AUGGUUCAUCAGCAGGAAAUGCCAAGGCCAUUUAGCAUUUUCAGUCAAUUGGAUGCAAAGGUACCAAAACAGCUUUCGGGUGUCUAUCGGUUUCUGGUCUUUGCCAGAGAUUGGACAAUAUUUAAGCAUAAUGCCUGCUAUGCUAGAAUAUACUUUCAUCCAGUGCUUUUUGUGAAUGCUCUGCAAAUGGCCAUUAAGGAGCGAGAGGAUUGCAAAAUGAUGCGUUUACCUGCUCCAUAUGAGAUUCUACCACAAUUAUAUUUCGAAAGGGAUAUUAUACUGGCUGCUCAAUUGACAAGUUGGCAACAAUUGGCGCCAGUGAAGAUCUCCACGAAGCGCACUUGGAAGGAGAUCUUGGCCAGCUUUAUGGGCUACACUCAGUCAACUUUAAAGGACUCGGAAUCCGAACUCUUGCCAGCCGAACCAAUUGUGAUUGAGGCCAAGAAAGAGAUGGCUCAUUUAGGAUUAGAUGUGGAUUUGAAUGCUCAUUGGAAUCUAAUAAUCAAUCAACUUCUGAUGGAUCAACAAGAUGAGACUAACGAGGAUAAUACAAUUAUAGAUGGUGAUCGUAUGAUGGCAUUUCGUGGUCCUAGCGAUGAGCAACUCUAUAAGGACAAAAUCCGUAGACGAAUGGGAAACGAAGCGAAAAGCUCGCAGAAUUUCAUUUAUAAUCUACAACAAAUUGUACGACUUUUGGAAUGGAAAGAUCUUGUGACUAAUCAACGAUCAAUGGAUAUAAUACAACCUCGUCUGAUAACCACUGGAGGCAAGCCCUAUAGGGCCACCAACAUUAGCUUAGAACAAAUCCGAAGUUUGAUGCAUUUAGAAUUGGAUAAUCUAAACAAACUCAUAGAAAAUGAGUUGAAUGUUUCCUCAGAUACGCCCUCGUUGAUUGCACAUCGCAUUAUAGCCGAAAAUUAUCGUCAGUUAUGCGAGAAUAUGAGUCGAGCUUUGAAUGAUAAUCGUUUGGAUCAACCGAAUAUGUUUAGCAUGGGAACAUCUAAUCUACGUGAUCCCAUUUAUCGUUCAUUACUCUAUCGACUGGAUCAACUAAUCAAUGUAUACACAAAGCCAUUGACGAGAGUCUUUAACAUGGAUAUAAAGAUUAAUCAGUUAAGUGGUAUCACAGCAACAGCAACCUUUCGACUUAAGGUAAAGGAAGAAUUUUUGUUCUUGGUGUUGUCUCCACCAUCCUCCAUCCUCCAUCCUCCAUCCUUCAGCCGUGUUCUUGUCCUGGUCCUUGUCGUUGUGACUCUUGAGUACAAGAACAAGAACGUCGACAACGCUGGCAACUUCCUGCUAUCGUGCUAA